AUGGUGUCUCAUUGGUCUGUUCACAAAGUCGAGUGGGACGGCAGUGUUGGUGGAACCACAGAAGGUUGGUUUGCCGGUUGGGAUCUAUCGGUGUUCGAGUUUCUGGGAGCUGUUGUAUCUGGGCUAACGGGUAUUGAAUCCCUGGCUAUUGCGCAAGCGUUCAGUGUUUUCAACUUGGACGAAUUGGAUGUGGUGACUGCUCGCAGCGACGACUCGUCCGAUGUGUCUACUUCAAGGGAACCAGGUUCUCCCAAGAAACCUGGGUCGUUUGAUGUGACAAAAGCUGAGGAAUCAGCAGUGGUUACUGCUAGAGAAGCACGAUCCCCAGUCCGGACUGAAAAUUCACAGACAUCUGAUGCUGAGGAUCUUACGGCAAGAGAAGCGCUGUCUCCGACUCCUGGAAGAACGCCACCGGCCGAACAUAACCACAAGAGCAGAUAUACCACUGAUUUCAAUAUGGCUUUAAAGUGGAGUGAUGAGCUGGAGCAAAAGGCACUGGAAUAUUUGGACCCAAACGAUAAAGACCCGGACAAUAAAGUGAUGGUGAUCAAUGGACAAAAGUUUGUCCUUGAACUCUUGUCAUAA